CUGUCCGACUUGGAAAAAAAGGAGACAAGCUUCAUGCCGCUCAGGGGAAUUUAUCACCGAGUUUUAACGCAAAACGUCAUUAAUCUGUUUUUAUUCGGAUCUUAUUUUCAAUAUCUUAAACUAUCUAACUUGUGAAGGUCCGACUUCACGCCGUCAACCUUCCCGAUCCGCUCAGCCCUCCGUUAGCUUCUCGUUAGCAGCUGAUGCUAACAGCUAGCAUCGUUUUUCUUACUUUACCUACAGAUUUGUGGAUGAACUCUCAAUGGAUGAACACAAGGAAAACAUCCACGGGAAAGACGUCAAUGUGAAGAUGUCUAAAAGCAGAGAGGACGAGCAGGCGACGCCGUGUAGCAGGUUAUGUCCUGAUGGAGAAUCGGUUGCUCAGGACUCCACGCCUCCGUCCGGCGGGGACUUCAGUCAUCCAGUGUACAAAGAGAUCGCUCUGGCCAACGGACACAUCAACCGCAUGAGCAAGGACGAGCUGCGGGUCAAGCUAGCCGAGCUGAAGCUCGACACACGAGGAGUGAAGGACGUGAUGAAGAAGAGGCUGAAGAGUCACUACAAGAAGCAGAAGCUGAUGCAGACGGCGGCGGAGGGAGGACACACCGACAAGUACUACGACUACAUCUGCGUGGUCGACUUCGAGGCCACGUGUGAGGAGGACAACCCCUCCGACUUCCUCCACGAAAUCAUCGAGUUCCCCAUGGUGCUCAUCAACACACACACCCUGGAGAUCGUGGACUCGUUCCAGGAAUACGUGAGACCAGAAGUGAACCCACAGCUCUCAGACUUCUGUGUGAAGUUAACAGGAAUCACACAGAAAAUGGUGAACGAAGCGGAUCCUUUCCCAGCGGUGCUGCAGAGAGUGGUGGCCUGGCUCCAGGAGAGAGAGCUGGGAACCAAAUACAAAUACGCCAUCCUGACCGACGGGGCGUGGGACAUGAGCAAGUUCCUCAACAUCCAGUGUCGGAUCAGCCGCAUCAGAUACCCGCAGUUCGCCAAGAAGUGGAUCAACAUCCGGAAAUCCUACGGGAACUUCUACAAGGUUCCUCGCACGCAGACGAAGCUCAGCACCAUGCUGGAGAAGCUGGGCCUGCAGUACGAAGGCCGUCCCCACUCCGGCCUGGACGACUCGCGCAACAUCGCCCGCAUCGCCCUGCGCAUGCUGCAGGACGGCUGCCAGCUGCGCGUCAACGAGCGCAUGCACGCCGGCCAGCUGCUGUCGGUGCCCAGCUCCGCCCCCAUGGAGGGAGCGCCCGCCCCCCACAACCCGGGCAGCAGGAACUAGACCCGCACCCGGACUCGGCUUCAGUGGAGUGUGAAGCUCUACGGUUCCCCUCUUUUGCACCAGAUGUUUAAAAGCAGAUCAUUCCUGCGCGUCGUGGAGGAUUUCCCUCCACGCUUCGACCUCUUGCCUUACAGAGCUGCUGACGAGCGAAGCUGCCCGGUCACCGGUCGGUCUCUUCCUCCAUUAAAUACUGUUUAAUGAAUAAAUGUUGUGAUCUGCAGCUUCACACUAACAUCCUCAUUUCUGUCUCACUGCUGUGUGGAUUUAAAUAAAAGAUGCUGCUGCUGGUUCUGUGCCAUUUUGGAGACCAAUGUUCUCGACGACGGAGCCAUAACGUCACAUAGUCUUAGCUGAGCUUUAGGAUGGACUGUCUGAUCCACUGAAGAUUUAACAAACAGCAUCACAGUGCUCACUUCAGCCUGUGUUGUAGUUUAGUGCCAUCUUUUUUAAGGACAUCAAAAUAAUGUGUUUGAUGGAGAAUGGUCUAUUUUAGCAACAACAAAGAUUUCCAUGAAUGCUAAUUAUGAAAAAUAAAAAUGUUCUCACUGUCUGCAGUA